UGUGUGACAGGAAUGACAACCGUGAUUUAACCUCCUUUUCUCUACAACUUCGGGAAUUGACACUAUGCAUGCUCUACCACGACAUGCCAGCCGACUUCCUUUCUUAGGGACUGCGACGCGCCUUCGCCCGCUCAGACUACGGCAACUGGCCACCGCGUCACCUACAGUCCAGGUGCAAGGGGCCCACGGAGAAUCCAAACCCGAUCACCGUCAGAAGCUUUCCUUGCAACUCCCUCUGAUCCCACGAGAUACUGACACCCUCUUCAUUCAAAACGACACUCCCUCCGACGCAGAGUGGGCCAUCCUAGGCCUUCACUUUCCCCUUAUCCGCAACCUUGAGAUUCAUACGGGGUAUAACGAAGACCUGAAUGACAGACACAUUCCCUCUCACUGGCCCCUCUCUCGACUGCUGAUCAGCUCCGCUUCCGGGACUCUCACUCAAACCCCAUUCAUCCGCCAGGGACGGGUCUCUCAUCUGAUCCUCGACUAGACCAGCGGCCUCCGUUUCGAGGGCCCAGACAACCUGGAGCUGCAACGUAGACACAAGGAAGCUACUUCUCGUGGGGAGGCCGAGCCAGUAUACCUAACGGUCCACAAGGGCACUCCCGAAGAGAGGGAGAUUGAAGUCGUCUUCCUUCCCUUGCUAGUCAUGGCCUGGUUGGACGCUAAAUACGGAGGGCCCAAUUGCAACGAGCUCGACCCAGACAACACACCACUGACGCAGCAUGAGGUCAGCCUGCAGACGCUGGAGAUCGUCGAGAACGAUGCUUUGUGCACUUUCGCCCGCAUGACCCUGGCCCUGCCGUAUGUUGUCCGGAACACCUCCGCGCUGCACCUCAGCUCCACGAACGGUUGCUGCGAGUUCCAGAAGACCAACGAAAAGAUGUUUGUGCAGUUCUUACCACAGAUGGAAAGCCUGAAGAUCUUGCAACUCUCG